GAAUGGUGGGCUCGCCGGCCACACCAUGCAGCACCGGCCGCUGAUUGGUCCACUUUACGCAGGAAUAAACACUCUGAGGGUAUAAAUGUCCUGGUGAGGUGAGAAACUCCCCGAGAUAAAAGGACACGAAGGGGAAAGAACAAGAGCCACUAUUGAACGAUAAAGAAUUCAGCUAUUUUUAGGUUUAAAGUUUCAGGAUGAGGGUGCAGAUCCAAAAGGUCCCUCAGAUCGUCGAGUUUCUGAAGAAGAAGCACGUCGGGAUGCAGCACUUCAAACCCACGUCGUCGGUGUGCGUCCUGGAGGAGAAGGAUGCUGCGGAGGCUGCGGGGUGCCCGCACGCCGCCUCCAGGGCGCGCGGCCUGGACGCGAUCCCAGGUCCCACCAACUGGCCGCUGGUCGGCAGCUUGUUCCAACUGCUGCGCAAAGGAGGGCUGACGAGGCAGCACGAGGCGCUGGUUGACUAUCAUAAGAAAUUCGGCAAGAUCUUCCGGAUGAAGCUGGGCUCCUUUGAGUCGGUGCACAUCGGCGCGCCCUGCCUGCUGGAGGCGCUCUACAGGAAGGAGGGGAACUACCCCCAGAGGCUGGAGAUCAAACCGUGGACGGCUUACAGGGACAUGAGGGACGAGGCGUACGGGCUCCUCAUUCUGGAGGGGGAAGACUGGCAGAGGGUGAGGAGCGCCUUCCAGCAGAAGCUCAUGAAGCCGACGGAGGUGGUGAAGCUCGAUCGCAAGAUCAACGAGGUGCUGGUGGACUUCGUGGGAAGAAUCGGGGAAAAGAACGUCAGUGGGAAGAUCGAGGACUUGUACUUCGAGCUGAAUAAAUGGUCCUUUGAGACCAUCUGCCUCGUCCUCUACGACAAGAGGUUUGGUCUCCUGCAGGAUGAAGUCAACGAGGAAGCCAUGAACUUCAUCACUGCCGUGAAAACAAUGAUGAGCACCUUCGGCGUCAUGAUCAUCACGCCGGUGGAGCUCCACAAGACCCUCAACACCAAAACGUGGCAGGACCACACGGCAGCGUGGGACCGCAUCUUCAGCACAGCCAAAGUCUACAUCGACAAGAAGCUGAAGAAGAACGCCGUCAGAGACCCGGACGACCUGAUCGGUGACAUCUUACACCAGAGCUGUCUCUCCAAGAAGGAGCUGUACGCGGCCAUCACGGAGCUGCAGAUCGGAGGAGUGGAGACGACCGCCAACAGCAUGCUGUGGGCUAUUUUCAACCUGUCGCGUAACCCCGGCGCCCAGAGGAAGCUGCUGGAGGAGAUCAGAGAGGUGGUCCCUCCCGGCCAGGACCCCAGUGGAGAGCACAUCAAGAGCAUGCCGUACCUCAAGGCCUGCCUCAAGGAGUCCAUGAGGUUAUCGCCAUCAGUCCCUUUCACCAGCAGGACCCUGGACAAAGACACUGUGUUGGGAGAUUAUGCCAUUCCCAAAGGGACGGUUCUGAUGAUAAACAGCCACGCGCUGGGCUCCAACGAGGAGUACUUUGAGGACGGGAAGCAGUUCAAGCCGGAGCGCUGGCUGCGGGAGAACAACACCAUCAACCCCUUCGCCCACGUGCCCUUCGGCAUCGGCAAGCGGAUGUGCAUCGGCCGCCGGCUGGCGGAGCUGCAGCUGCAGCUGGCCAUGUGCUGGCUGGUGAGAGACUACGAGGUGGUGGCGACGGAUGACGAGCCGCUGGACGUGAUCCAUUCGGGGCUUUUGGUCCCCAGCAGAGAACUUCCUGUCGCCUUCAUUAAGAGAUGAGGCUUCGUGUCCAGCUCUUUGGGACGUGGUGACGGAGGAGGAGACCUCUGUUGCCGAGGCCCUGAUGGUCCAGUGACUCCGUGUAUUGCUGCUUUGUAAAUAGAAAAAGACACAUUAUUAUACAUGUAAUCAUGCCAUAAAUACCUCAAACUUAUUUAAAACUAUUACUUAUGACUGAAGAAAAUACCAGUUGCUGUGUACAAAUAGAAUGUUGUACCAAGGCAGCUGUGUAUUUAACGAUUUCUUACCCUUGUUCAAUAGUUUAUGUAUGUAAUAUAAAUGCAUAUGUAUAUAUUCAUUGUGUAUAUAAAGUGCCAUUAAAAUAUUUUACUUUA